AUGAAGUGUCCUAGCACUGACUUCGGGCCUAGCACAAAACACACCAUCGCCACCAACUACGGCGGGAGAAGCCCAGGGGAGCAUCUGCGGGCGGCGGCGGCGGCGGCUUUGUGCGUCGCUGAGUCACUGCGCAGUGUGUCGGGCGGCCGACCCCGGAACGACGGGCGCGGGCAGCGCGAGGCGCGGCACGGCGCGGCGCGGCAAGUGGAGCGCGCCGAGCAGCGGCCGGGUCAGCGCGAGGCGUGCCGCGCGGGUUUCCCGGCCGCCGAACGCGCGCGGCGGCGCAGCUGCCGCCGUGACGCAACGCCGCCGGACCGCCAGCACCAACUGCAGCUCCCCGCGCAGGCCUUACGCAAGAGGGCACGCUCCAUUCAUCUGGCGGCGGGGCCGUACGAGCGGCGCUCGGCGCGGCGCUGCGGGCCGCUUAUUGGUAAACAGCACGUGGUGGCGCCGGCGGUGGUGGGGUGGCGUCGCGACGGGAGUACGUCUGGCGGCCGCGGGCAGCCUCCGCAGCAAUCCGCCGCCGCCCGCCGUCGCCGCAGCACGCAGACGCUCCGGAUAGCCGCCGCAGACCUCCCGCAGACCAGCCUCGCCUCUUCCGCGCUGCUCCGACACUCGCCCGACAUGAAGCUGCACGUCGCCGCUUUCCUCGCGCUGCUGCUAGCCGCCUUCUUCAGUGAGGGCGGCAGCGCGCCGCGGCCGGACCCGCGCUGGCUGUGCGAGAGCCUGCGCUGCCCGCCCAUCGUCUCCCCCGUCUGCGGCGUCGACGACACCGGCGAGCUGCGCACCUUCCGGACCGCCUGCCACAUGGAGCUCGCGCUCUGCCACGAGAAAAAGUACUUCGUGAUGCUGAAGCCCGGCGAAUGCUGACGCAGAUGAAGACACCGACCAUCAUCGUUAUUUAUUACGCUAAUUGCCAGCAUGACAAUAAGAUAUAUUUAUCCCAUAUUUCAUGCAAAUACUAUCAUUAUAUUUUCUAUUAUUAACAUUUGUAUUUAAUAAAUAAGUAUUUUUUAA